AUGAGUGGCAUUGAUAAUGGUACGAUACAACAAUUAGAUGAUAAUAAUAAUGAUAGCAUAACAAAAAAAUCACUCCUGCAGGAUGCUUCGACAUUACUGUUGUUUUCUAAAGGUGAUACUUCAUCAGCUGGAAGCAAUACUGCUACUGCAAAUACAUCUUCUCAAAAUGUUUUAUCUCCUGGCCCUGCUGCCUUGACUCUUCUAAAUAACGACGUUGCAAAUAACAAUAAAAGUAGAAUGAGCCAAACAAGCCCGUCCACCGCCGAUGCGAAUCAGAAAGGUUUGUUGGCCGCAGCAGCUUUGGCAGAAGCUGCAACGAAUCCAUUACCUCCAAAAAAGAACAACCAUUCAGCUUCAUCUACAGAUUCUACUUCUAAAAUAUAUAAGGAAGAGACUCAAAGAAAUAUAUCACAGGGCACAAUAAAGGAAACACCAAAAGAAGAGGCAAAAAUAAUGGAAACAACUGCCGUUGCUAUACCUGAUGAUUAUAUAGUUGAUAUUGAUUCAGGUAUAAUUACUUGUAUAUGUGGUUUUGAAGAUGAUGAUGGGUUCACAAUUCAAUGUGAUCAUUGUCAUAGAUGGCAGCAUGGGAUAUGUUUUGGCAUUGAUUUAAAUUUUGUACCAGAGGAUUUUCUUUGUAAUGUUUGUCAACCAAGAAAAGAUAUUAAUAUUAAAUUUAUUAAAGAGCUACAAAAGAAAAGAUUAAAAGAAAAUAAUAAGAAUAAGAACUUGACAAUUGUCACGGAUCCAAAGGCGAUUGUCUAUUCUGAUUCAAACUCCAACACAAGUUUAACAAAUAUUAAUUCAACAACAAAUAUAACAGGAACUACUGGAGUGACUGAUUCUCCACAAUCAUCUAAAAAGAGGAAAAGAAAUCCCAGCAGUAGCGGUAAUAAUAAUAGAAGAAAUAAUGAUUCAAGAGAUAGUAGUAAUGAAAAAGAUAGUAAUAAUCAUUCAUCAAAUUCAAAAAAGAGAAAAUCAAAUGCAAGUACAUUAGAUCCAAAUUAUGGUAAUAAAGACGGGAAUAUUGAUUCAGAUUUUUUAAUCUCAGCUGAGAAAGCUUAUGACACUUUAUACACUCAUUUGAUUGAAAAUGAAUACAAGGAUAAAUACAUUAAACUGUUUUUAGAUAACCAUAAAGAUGAUGAUUGUGUUGUUGAUUUGAUUAACUCUGCUCAAUCAUUUGAACCAAUUCCAAUAAAUAUUAAAUCUUAUACAAUUGACGUCGAAAAUAAUAAAGGUAAUGAGACUAAUAAUGAUACCGAAGAGGAUUCUACUCAAUUUAAAGGUUUCACUCAAUUAGGCGUCUUUAUUUCAAAAGAUUGCAGUCGCAGUGAUUUAAUUCAUGAAUAUUUAGGAAUAAUAGACUUCAACAAAAAUUAUUUACUGGAUUCUAAAAAUCAAUAUAGAAUAUGGGGGACAACUAAACCAAAAGUAUUUUUCCACUCAACUUGGCCAAUUUUUAUUGAUUCAAGGUUAUCUGGGAAUUUGGCGAGGUAUUUGAGAAGAUCAUGCAAUCCAAAUGUAGAAUUAGUUACUAUAAAAACUAAAGAAAAGGCAUCGGAUAGUAAAAUAAAAUUUGUAUUGAGAGCUACAAGGGAUAUUAAACAUGAUGAAGAACUAACUUUACCUUGGAAUUGGGAUUUAAACCAUCCUAUUAGACAACUAAUUCCUCAUAAUAAUGAUAAUAAUGACAUUAGAUCAUCUUUUCAAAGUAAUAUAGAUUCUAUGGAUGAAAAAAAUAAAUUCUCAUUAAUUUAUUCCAUAAAUACAAUAUUGAAAAGUUGUGAUUGUGCUUGUUUAACAAAUAAUAACACAGACAAUUGUCUGUUGUUAAAGAUUAAAAAAUACUCACUAGACCAGUUAAAUUCAAUUAAUAUGAAUACUAAACAUAAGAAAUAUAAUAAUAUUUAUAAAAUGAACGAGUAUUUGAAUAAUUUACAGAAAAGAUUUUUGCCUAAAAUAAGACCAGCUCCAAUACUAGAGAAUUUAGUUCUCCAAACUGAAAAAUAUAAUACAGAUCUUCAGAUUUAUAAAAAAAUUCAAGAAAUGAAUCAGGCUAAAGAGUCAAAAAAUGUGAAAAAGAUAUAUUCUAAUGUUAAUAUUUUUACAAAUACAAAGGAUCUUACAUCUACCUUGACUAAUACUCUAGAAGAAUCACAAGAAAGCAUUCUAAAUAAAAGAAAAUUUCCACAGAGAUUUGAUUUACUACGUAAAAAGUUUCGUUCCAAUAAUAUUCUAUCCAAGCAUAGAAAAAAUAAUGAUUCUUUACCAUCAUUAACAUCAUCCAAUGACCAAAUAAUACAUAUUACAAAAUUAUUAGAAUUCGAUGAAUCCAAAGUUACAGAUAUUAAUUUAUUACCGACUCCAAUAGAAUUAGCUACAAGCAUACCUAGCCUUUAUAAUAAACAAAUGAAUCUUGACAAUAAUAACAUUCAAGACACUAGUAACCGUGAGUCUUCCUCAUCUGUAGACCCCUUACAAACACAUUCAUAUAUUAAUGAUUCAAAUACUCCCAUUUCAGCUAACAGUUUACCCUCAACUUCAGAUACAACUACUGAGAAUCCUAUUAAUAAAGGAAAUAUUCCAGCUAAUGACAAUCUUUCUAAUAGUAAUGUUCAAAAUAAUUGCUCUCAACAAUUAAAGCCAAUGAGAAAAAAAUUAAGCUUCGCAGAUUAUAGGAAAAAAUUGAAUAAAUGA